AAUAAUAACAAUAAUAACAGUAAUAACAACAAUAAUAAUUAUAGUUUUAAGAAAAAUAUUAAUAAAAAUAAUAAUAACAUUAAUUAUAAUAAUAAAAAUAAUAAUAAUAAUAACAACAGUAAUUAUAAUAAUAAAAAUAAUAAUAUUAAUAGUAAUAAUAGUAAUAGUUGUAAAGUAUUGAAAUUAAUAAAAUUACCAACAAUAAAAACAUCAUCAUCGUUUCCAUCAUCUACAACAACAACAACAACAACAUCAUCAUCAUUAUCAUCAUCUUCUUCAGCAUCAACAGUUUUAUCAAGAUCACCGUCGUCAUCACCGUCAUUAACAUCAUCACGUGAAAUAGAAAGAAAUAAUAAAUUAAAAGCUUUAAAUUGCUUUAAUAAUACAAGUACUUGUAAAAUUUUUCGUUCAAUAUUUAUGUGUACAACAGAAAAAAGUCCAUCAAAAAUGGCAAAUACAAUUACAAAUGUUAUUAGAAAUGUUGUCAGUAAACAAAGAAAACGAUAUGUUGCGAAUGGUUAUGAUUUAGAUUUGUCAUACAUAUGUGACAAUAUAAUAGCAAUGGGAUAUCCCGCUGCAAAUAUUGAAAAAUGGUAUAGGAAUCACAUAGAUGAUGUUGUAAAAUUUUUAGAAGAAAAUCAUAAAGAUCAUUAUAAAAUUUAUAAUUUAUGUUCGGAGCGUAAUUAUGAUAUAAGUACAUUUCAUGGGAGGGUGGCCGUAUUUCCAUUUGCUGAUCAUAAUCCACCUACAAUUGAACUCAUGCAAAAAUUCUGUGAUGAUAUAAAUAGCUGGUUGAAGGGAGAUGAAAGAAACGUGGCGGCUGUGCAUUGUAAGGCGGGUAAAGGACGAACUGGCACUAUGAUUUGUUGUUAUUUAUUGCAAUGUGGAUUUGCAAGAACUGCAGAUGAAGCACUUAGUUAUUAUGAUGAAAAGCGUACAAAAGAUAAAAAAGGUGUUACGAUACCGUCCCAAAGGCGAUAUGUGGAAUAUUAUGCAAAAUUAUUAACGUCUGGAAAACCUUAUGAAAGAAGAACAUUACAGAUUUGUGAAAUUAGAUUCUCAUCGCCACCUUUAAGCUCCAGCCAAGGUACAGUGCUUAGUUUAAGCACGUUAGAUGAUCCGUCUUGCCCUGAUAAAGUCAAGACUCUUCAAAAUUUUGCCAUAGAUUUUCGUAAAACUUCAAAUGUUGAAAUUACGGAUCGAUGUAUACCAGUGACUGGCGAUGUUAGAAUUGAAUUAUCUCAUAAAGUAACUAAAAAAACUAUGCUUCAUCUUUGGUUUAAUGUAUAUUUCAUUGACGAAGAAGGCGAACGACAUGGUCAUGGUGAUGAUACAAAAAUUAUUUACGAAUUUAAGAAAAAUGAAAUUGAUGAUGCGCAUAAGGAUAAGGAGAAUAAGACAUUUGCUGAAGAUUUUUCGGUGCAGUUAGUUUUUCAAACAAUUCCGUCUCGAAAUAGUUAUGUAAAUGCUUGUGGUGAUAAAACAGAUAAUCUUGUUAUGAAUACGUCUGUGCAUAGUAAUUACGACCAUAAUAAUCAUUGUGGUAAUAUUUAUAACAAUUCUGCCCUAAGUGGGGGCAAUUAUAUCGUUGAUAAUGUUAGUACAGGUCAUCAUUCACAAAUGGAUAUUCAGCCUGUUAUAGAACCAUUAAAACAACAAAACCAUAACAAUAGUAGUAAUUCAAUAAAUAAUACAAAUUUAGCUAUUAGACAACAACAACAUCAGCGACAGCAGCAGCAAGAACAAUAUGCUUUCCCAACAAAUCAAAAUCAAUAUAAACAGCAACAAAAUAGAAAUAUGAAUUCUGUAGGACCAAUGAAUAUAAAUUCUAUAACAAGUUCGCCACCAGCACCAGGAACACAAAAUAGUAGCAACAACAGUACAAUUUCUGUCAAAAAUAAAAAUUUAUCGUUAAAAUUAUCUUCAUCCCUUGUUAUUUCACCACAAAAGCAACAACAACAGCAACAACGGACACAGCAAGAACAACAAAGUCAGUUAUCUCAGACUUUACAUGAAAAGCAGCAACAAAUUUUACACCACCAACAACAACAAAAUAGUAAAAAUAAUUUAAAACAUCCUGGAAAGUUAUCAAAACAACAAUUGCAGCAACAAUAUUUAGAACAACCGUCCUCCAAUAAAUCAAUGGCUAUUUCUUCUAAUCAACAACAUCUCCAACAGCAACAUGAGUCCCGAACAAACAGCACAAGUAGUAACACUAGUAAAAGUAGCAGUAAUAGCAGCAGUAGUAUAAGCAUAAGUAGCGCUGCUUCAUCAUCGGCUUGUAUUGGCGAAGAUUGGGAAUCUGGUGAGUUUAAAGUUAAUACUAAUAAUUCUACUUCUUCUGCAGACGUUAUAUUAUUUAAUUGUUCCCAAGUUACAUCAAACAUUAAAAGAAAAUUUAAUAAUAAAAUUAAUAAAAAUGCAUUAAACGAAAAUAAUGAUUUAAAUUCAUUAAAUAUAAGUGAUAAUAAUAUUAGUAAAAAAUGUGUUAAUAUUCAACAUGAUUCAUUAAAAAAAGAUUCAAAUGAAUCGUUAAAUCAAAUAACAAUUACACCGAUGAUGGCGGAAUGUAGUGGCUCAUUAGAUAAUAUUCACAAUGAGGAAAGUGGUAUAAUGAUACAUAAAAUUAGUAACGAUAAUUAUUGUAGUAAUAUUAGAAAUCAUGAAACAAUAGAAAGUAACGUAAAAAAUUUGAAUUAUAUGGAACCAUCUUCCACUUCUAUUCAAAGAAGUAAUGAUUAUUCAUACGCCAGUCCUGAAACAAUGUUUACAAGUACAAGUUCAAUUUUGCCUAAUUUAAAAAACACAGAUAAAAUUUUCACUUCUUCAAUAGUAUCUAACGAUAAUUAUUUGUUAAACAGUUCUAAUUUUAGUAAAUUAAAUUUUAAAAAUAAAUCAAACAAUAGUAACAAUUUUAAAAUUAUCAGUAGAACGACUAACGAUGAUGGUAGUGAAUUAUGUAGUCGUAGAAGUAGUAGUAGUAAUGUUAUUAGUGAUAGUGCGAAUAGCAACAUUUUUAGUUUUAAGCAAGACAUUAACUUAAUGCAAAACAAAGAGAAAAAAAAAGAAACAGCAGAAAAUAUUAGAAAUGUUGAAGAAAUUAAAAAAAACGAAAUUUUAUUGGAAAAUAUAAACUCUAUUCAUAAAAGUAAUACAACAGAAAAGAAUUCAAAAACUUGUAAAAUUCAAAAUGAACCUUGUAUUGGUACAAUUAGUACAUCUAACGUUGAAGGCGAUUUGUUUCUUAAACCUAAUUCACUUAAAAGUACUUCAGUUUUUAUUCCUUCGGCUCCAACACUAUCAAAAUCUUAUUGUUCGUCACAAAGCUUAGUAUCAACUGGGGGUGUAGCUGGCAAACUACCUUUUGAUAAAAAUCCCCAAAAACGAAAUAAAUUAAAAAUAUGGCUACAAAGUUUUCAUUUAAAAAAAGAUCCAGAAUUUAGUAAAAAUUUCAAAUUUUCUAGUUUUCGUAAUCACUUUAAAAAACCACGUAAAAAUAGUAAAAGGGCUUUAUUUCGACAUAGUAGCAAAACUAGUAAUAUAUACAAAAUAUCGAAUGAAAGUUUGGUUUCAGAUAAUUAUUUAAAUGAUUUUGUGGUUGUCGAAGACAUUAAAUCAAUCAAUAAAAACAGCUUACUGUUAAAAAAAGAAGCUACAAAAUCAAAUUCGUCCAAAAAUCUUUUGGUAACUGUUACUGAUACAAAUUUAAAUAAAGUAGAGGGAAAAUCUCAAAAUCAAGAUGUAUUGUUAAAAAAUUUAUUACAUACCAGUUUCUCGGAAAAUCUUGAAUGUGAACCUGAAUCAGAAAAUUUAGAAAAUAAAGAAAUAUCUGUUUCAGACAAAAAUGAUGAUGAAGAGAAAUGUUGCAAUGAAAAAUGUGAUUUAAAAAAUGAUAAUGAAAUUUUAAACGUAGAUCAUCAAAUACAAGUUAAUUGUGGUAAUGUAAAUAAUAUAAAAAUGAAACGAGGUUCAUCUAACAGUUGUAAUCAACUUGCAAAAUCAGUUGAAUCUGUUGAUUUUUAUUCAUCAUUAUGUGAUCGUCAAUUAAGCUUUGGUACAUCUCCUAUAAGUAAAAGUCCUCAAUCAUUUGUUGGAUCUUAUGGGACUGCCAGUGGAAUUGGAACCUCUCCAGCAUCUAUUUCACAUCUUAAACUAAUUGAUGAAAAUCCUUUGGAAGAUGAAAUUAUAAAAACACCUACGAUUGUAGCUAAACCUAUAAAUACAAGUUCAAUAGGUUUUUUUACAUUCGAAUCGGAUGAAGGUAAAAAAAUUUAUAAAUCUGAUAAUAAUGCAAAUGAAGUUGAAAAGGAUAAUAAUGAAAGAACAAAAUCUAAUAUCAAAACACCUCAAAAUAUUUCUAAUAAAAUUUUGGAAGAAAUACAAUCAGAACAGAAUUCAACGAUAAAUUAUCCAUCAGUUAUUAAUCUUAGGAAUUAUUUCGAAAAUGAAAGUAAAAUAUCUAGUUUAGGACGAACAGAAAGAUCUCCUUCUAUUGAUGAGCUUGACGCAAAAAUGUUUUUUGAUCCUACAAACCAAAGUGAUUAUAAACCGAAAAAGUGUAAUCAAAACGUUCUUCAAGUACAAGCCUUAUCUUCUUCACCUUUUCAGACAACAUCCACUCCGUCACAGCAGUCAUCUGAAAAUCCCUUUAACUUUGGUCACAUGAAAAAAUGUUUAAAUGAUAUAAGCGAUAUGAGAUUAAAUUCAUCUAGUAUGAAUAAUAGCAGUAAUACUAGUACCACAUCUGCUACUACUUCUACUACUAAUAUCUUCAAACGAGGUUCUAUUCCAUAGAUCUAAUUGUAAUAUAAUAUUAAAAAGAAAUUUUUAAUAGAAAUAAAAAACAAAAACUUGUAGCUUUGCUCUUAUCAUUUAUAAUUGUCUUUAAUAUUUCACAUUAAUUUUCCUUUUUAAUUUUUUAGUUACUGUGACUGGAAUAACUCUUAAAUUUGGUAAUAAAAUUAAAAAAAAAAUAUUUUGAUUUAAAAUGAAAAUGAAAAAUUUAGAAUUUAAUGCAUGUACGAUUUAUUUUAAUAAAUUAAUAAUAUUCCAGUCAUG